AUGGAUUCCGAAUCUGAUGCAAAUCUUCUCCUUGCACUUGACCUCUCCGAUUCAGAACCAGAUGAGGCUGCUGCUCCCAAAGGUCAGACCCGUGCUGAGCGCAGCGCCCUCUCAGAUGCGGCCUUUCAGGCAUUGAAAGAAACGUAUAAGCCGAAGGUUGAGAAUGGGGAAUUAUGCAAAGCCCUCCUACAAACCCUUCCCCAGCACACCAAGCAACAACUCCCCAAACCGACAGCCCAAGCUCUCCUCCACGCGGUCGAAGAACUCUACUUCUUCCGGCGCUACACUAAGGCCAUUGCAUUCAUACACGAAGUCCUGGGAGAAGAAGACAACGACGCCAAUACCAACGAGGAUUCAAAAGCACAAGAUGAAUCUGAAGGGCAAAGUUCAGGACAGGGUGUAAAGGUGGAUGAUGAGACAAGGAAGUUAUUGAUGUAUUAUAAGGCGAAGUGUCGAGCAAGAGCAGCAGAGCUAAAGAGUAAAGCUCCUCCGACGAUUGAUGGGAGGAAAGAUAGGCCUGUAGAGUGUGCCUAG